AUGACGGCUGUCUUUGGGUACUUGUUCCGUCCGAGUACCGUGCACCUAACAUGCAUUACUUCACUUAAUCCCCACAACACCAUACGAGAUAGGAACUGCUAUCAUUCCCACUUAACAGAUAAGGACCCAGACUUAGAGCUCCAGGGACAUGUCCAAGACUGCGCAGCCACCACAAAUCAGAGAAGUUACCCCAACUCAGAAGUGUUUACCUUUGGAACAUCUGCCCCUAACCGCCGUACUUACUGUUGCAGUCAUCUGAAAGUGAUCGCUUGCUUUGCUUUGGUCCGGAGUCAAGCAAGGGUUAACGAUGAGAUUUCGGGCUUCCAGUCAGAUGGGCCUGUGGGCCAUCUGCAGACAUCCACGCUCCUGCCUUCUGUGGUUUCCAUGCCCUCGUUUCUCUACUGUUGUUCCAAACGUGUGCCCUCAGACAUUUUCAGUCUUGGCUUUGAGCUGUUCUGUGUGUCUUCUUCCACCACUUACUUCUUCGCUCAACGGUAUGUGGGGUGCAGCCUCGCUCCUGUGCGGAGUGUGCUCACCGUCACUCUGGUCUGUGUCCCGCUGUGUGUGCGUCCACACUUCCUCCUGUUUGGGGACGUUUGGCACUCCUGGUGCUUGCUGCUGCAAACACUUUCCUGCGAGUAUUCCCUGCUCAUCUCCUGGAACACAGGUGCCCUGGGGGAGGAGGAGAGGAGGAGGAGAGGAGGUGUGGACGGUACUUCCUGCCGGCAGCCCAGGGAGGCAAAGCAGGGACAGCCUAGCAGGGCGGUGCCCUGGCACCUGCUCUCCGGGGACCUGGAGACCGGGGCCUCAGGCUGCAGCGUGGCAACAUCACAGAAUCCACUGCGUGGUCACUGCUGGGCUGCUCCCAUCUGGCCAUCCACCUGCUGGCGUCUCUGCCCCUCUUGCAGGCCCAUCGUGCAGCCCCUGUGGAGGGUCGCGCCGCCCCUGCAGCCCUUUAGGACCCCCAGGGGCCUGUGCCGCUGCUCCCGCGGCCGUUCUGCCUCCCCCCUUCCCGGGCCUGGGCGGCUGCUCCGUCCUGGGCCUGCAGAUGCGGGGCCUCUGUGCUCACGGCCUAGCUGUGGGGCCUGUGGCUGCUCCUGCUGCUCCUCACAGCGGACCCUCCGCCACAGCUGUGCACUUGGUGACUGCGGAAGGGGUGGUCGCGCUGGGCGUCCCAUGAGCAGAGUCUGUGUGGGGACACGUGGAUUCCCUCCCUUCUCCCAACUGUCCCCUUCCAACCUAGCCAGAAGAGGUGGCCUCGGACAGCUCAGGGAGCAUGUGGAAUUCAACUUUACCUCUGUCUCCUCUCCAUGGAGCCCUCGGCUUAUCCUGAGAGGAGGAGAAAGAGAUGAGGUCGAGAAGACAAUGAGGCCAGAGCAUCUCAGAUGGAGAGCAUAUAAGGGAAGACCCUUCGAGGCUGGCCUGUUAGAGUUAACUCAUUUUCCUCUGGGACCUCAAUCCACUGACUGGCUGUGCUCAUCUGCCACUGCCCUCUGUGACCUGCCCACCACACAGCCUUUCUCCUCGACCCCUGGCAACAACCUCUUCAGAGCAGGGCCAUCACCUGCAAGGUGGUGGGGUGGCAGGCCUCGCCCCUCGGGGGAUGCAUGCAGGAAUGGGGUGAGGAAACUGAGGUUGCCUCACAUAUUAGUCUCUCCUAAUGCCGACACACAGACUUCAACGACAGAAAUUUAUGUUUGCACAGUUCCGGAGGCCAGGGAGUCCAAGAUCAAGGUUUGGCUAUGCGGUUCCUGAUGGGAACCCUCUUCCUGGCUUGUUGACAGGCGCCUUCUCACUGUGGCCUCACAAGUCAGAGGGAGUGAACUCUGGUGUCUCUUCCUACAAGUGUACGAAUCCUAUCAGAUCAGGGCCCCACUCUUAUGACCUCAUUGAACCGUAAUUACCUCCUCACAGGCCCUAACUCCACAUGUAGUCACAUUGAGGGUCAGGGCAUCAACAUUUAGAUUUUGGAAGACAUUAUUCAGUCCCUAGCAUCCAGCUGGUAUGGAACAGGACCAGGCCUACAAUCCAAGUUUCCUAACUUGAAGUCUCACUCUCUUCUGAAUACUCAUAAAUACUACUUCUCUUGAUCACACUAUCGAAAUGGCACUCUUAUAGAUUUGGGGGAGUUAGUAUAGGCUUCUUUAAUCAUCCAUACUGAAUCUACUUUGUUGCAAAGCAGGGGUUGGCAAGCCACUCCCCACAGUCCAAAUCCAACUAGACACCUGCUGUUUGUGAGCUAAUAAUGGUUUUUACAUUUUUAAAUGGUUGGGGAAAAAGUCAAAAGAAAAAUAAUAUUUCAUGACAUGAAAAUCCUAUAAAAUUCAAAUUUCAGUGUCCAUAAUGACUAUUUCUUGGAACACCAUUGUACCUAACUGUUUAUAUAUUGUCUAUGGCCAUAUGGGAGCUGUAAAAGCAGAGAUGAGUACUUGCAACCAAGAUAGUGUGCCCUCCAAAGCCUAAAAUACUUAUCAUCUGCCCCUUUUUGGAGAAGGUUUGCCCACCUCUGAUCAAAAAGGUUGGGUUUUGUUUCUAAAAGAAUGACUAAUUGUGUGUGUGUUUGUGUGUGUGUGUGUGUGUGUGUUUUAAAAUAAGUAACAGCGUCUUCCAGCUUUUAUUCUGACAAUUUUCUGGGUGUCCUUUCUGGAUGUCCAUGUAGCAUAUCCCUAUAACCCCAACGCUUUUGUGGGCCUAACCUCGUAGAUGUUACAUUGAGCCCCGUGCUCAGGAAGACAAUCUGUGCUUGGGGUUCAAUGCUCUGCCAUUGUCGUUCUGAAAUUCUUAAUAGCUUUUAUCAUUGAAUUUGUGUCUUGUUAGAGUAGUCCUAUGGGGCACUGGGGCUUAGAGCCCUGGUUCACUCUCACCUCCCACCUCACUGAGACAGCCCCUCAUUCCCAAUCCUGGCCCCAUGAGAGCUUGGGCACCUUCACCCCAGUGUUCCUAUGGGAGUCAACAGUUGACCAGUGACCAUCCUCAUGACUGAAAACAAAUAAAACCCAUUAUGACGGGUCAAGAAAGAGAUCAUGAAAGACAGGAAAAAUCUUUUUGGUUUGCCUGCUUUUUGCACAAGGGCUCUGCAUUUUUAUUUUUCCCAUGGCCCUGAAAAUUAUGUAGCUGCUCUGUUCUUAUGACUCAUAGCCUAGUGGUUUUAUUGAAUAUAAAGAGCUAUUUGUCCAAAUUAGAGAAUGUUAUAGCACAUAAAAAGGGAGAUAAAUUACA